AUGAAAUAUAUGCUGUUUAACGUAUUCAAAAUGGUUAAAGCGUCCUACUCUUGCGAUGAGGAAUCAGAUAACUCUCUUAUUCGAUCACCAGUAACAAAAUAUUACACUUCAGGAUGUUCAACUUCAACGUUCAUACUCAAUCAGCAUAAAAGUGAACAGUUUGUUGAUCCAAAUGUGACUGACAUUGAUUUCCAGAAUUCACUUAUAUGGAAUAUGAGCAUCCAUGGUAAUACAUAUGUUGUGGAUGUUGUGGAUGUUGUUAUUGAUCUUAGGUUAAAGAUCAAAUAUGGUAAAUCUAUACGUCGCAUGCUCAGGACAUUUGAUCAACCCCUUGGAGCCGAUGUAUUCGAUUACAUUGAACAAUUUAUCAUAUACAAUUACAUGAAUUCAGCAUCAGAAGAAGGUAAUAUUGCUGUUGAUCACAGACCAUCUAGAUUUGAAAGGUGGAUUUGGUGGGUUGAUUAUGAAUAUAGUCUAAAGUGCGAUUAUAAGAUGAAGAAAACUCAUAGUCGGGUUGAAGUUGAUAAGAACGAUGCCAGUAGAAGAAAAGUAGAAAGAUUUUGUAAUAAGGAAGGUAUCAAAGACAAAUUAAACGGUGCAACUAACAAGUACGCCUAUAAUGUAGUUGUUGAUCCGAUCCAUUAA